AUGUCGAUAGCAAGAGAUAUACCCGCGAUGAAAAAAGCCGAUCCUGGUUCAUCGCUUCCAGCCAACUAUAGUACAACACCAUCAGGAACGAUUUACUCUAGUACACCUGGAGUAGAAUCAUUUACGAUCGGACUACACUUCUUAACCUUGCAAAUUUCUCCUCUCGCUAAGACACCACCUACCAACUUGGCUUAUGUACCUGGUGUUACUAUACAACAUAAUUCCAAUAAUGAUAAUACAACGAAGCCUAGUAACGGCACCACAGCUCAAGUUGCAGGUCAUUUAGCCCCUCCACAAUCGACUCUUCCGGGAGUUCAAAAAAAGGUCGAUGCCAGCGGAAACAUUGUUUCUGGCGGUGAGAGUGGUGACGAAGACGCCAAUCAACAACCACACGAUGUCAUGUUUGACAUGGACAUGGAAUAG